AUGACAGAGGAUCCUAUGAACUUCCUGAAGACUGUGCCAAUCUUUGACUACCAGCUCUACAUCCAGGACCUCUCCGGGGCCCGCAAUGAGAGUGUCCAGUCCAUGGCCCGCAACGAGGGUGUCCAGUCCGGUGCCCGCAACGAGGGUGCCCAGUACGGUGCCCACAACGAGGGUGCCCAGUCCAGGGCCCGCAACGAUUGUUCCCAGUCCGGGGCCCGCGACGAGGGCACCAGAGGUGCCACCAAAGUGGGCCCCACCACAGCCUGUCUCCACCCUCCUCUCCCCCCCCAGCCCCACCACAGCCUGUCUCCACCCUCCUCUCCCUCCCAGCCCCACCACAGCCUGUCUCCACCCUCCUCUCCCUCCCAGCCCCACCACAGCCUGUCUCCACCCUCCUCUCCCUCCCAGCCCCACCACAGCCUGUCUCCACCCUCCUCUCCCUCCCAGCCCCACCACAGCCUGUCUCCACCCUCCUCUCCCUCCCAGCCCCACCACAGCCUGUCUCCACCCUCCUCUCCCUCCCAGCCCCACCACAGCCUGUCUCCACCCUCCUCUCCCUCCCAGCCCCACCACCGCCUGUCACCGGUCAAAUGA